GGGACUUCCGGGUCAUUUCACUCGGUUAGGAAGGUUCCUAAGCUAAAGGGACUAUUCGACUGCAGCCCAGUUCUUACUAUACAUCCAUGGUCUAUGGGCAUGACUUACCAGGGAAAUAACUGACAGAUAACAUUGUUUGUGAAUAUUUAAAAAAAUAACAUGUUGUUUUAAGCAGGGUUUUAUAUAUCUGAAUCCUGUGUGUUGUUUAGUUUUAAAUCAGACUGCUGGAGGGUGAAUAACACUCGGUGGUGUUCUCUUCUGGUUAGCUUGCUAGUUAGCACCAUGGGGUUAGCACUGUGUCGGGCAGUUGUUGACGUCAUAUAAAUAGGGAGCACUCUACUUGUCAUUGACGUUACCGGCGUGGGUGAUGAAUGUUGGUGUAGGUUCAAGUUAAUUUAAAAUAACGUUAGUGCAGGUUAGCGCCAGUGUCGUUAAACGUCAUUGUAGUUUGCCCCGCUGUCCUCUACCUGUCGCUGGUCGUUGACAUUACUUAGUUUACCGUCAGUGUAGUUUUCCCUGUUGUCCUCUACCUGCCACCGGGUCUUCAUGUUUAACCGCCUCUCCGCUGCUCUCACACUUCUCCCCCGCCGCCUACUGUUCGUCUCUUCACCGAGGACUCUGACCGGAGCCUGCCGCCUCCUCGGCAGGAUGAACCCCGCCGUGGUGAGGUGCCUCCCCGGGGAGCCCAAACUCACCAUCUCCUUCAGUCUGGACGGCAGCCACAAACACAUGUUGCGGGACCAGGAUGAGCCGCUGGGAAAGGCCCUGGCCAGGAUAUCCCACGGCCUCAACAAGAGCCAAGGAAAGGCGAAAAAGUCAAAGAAAAAGAAAGGACAGACGCCGGGUGAAGCCCCUGUGCUCACCGCGGUGAAGCUCUACUACAACGGGGAGGAGGUGUCCGGCAUGUCGCUGAAUUCGGAGGCGUGGCGGGACGGAGCCGUGCUGGAGGUGGGAGACGUGGAGUACUCUGUCCGUAGGAACACUCCCACCUUGACCAACGCAGAGCUCCCCGCGUCCCUGCUCGCAGAGUUCCCCGUCUGCCCCAACCUGGAGAUAGAGUUCGGGAACCUGGAAGACUGCGAGUUCACGUGGUAUAGAGAAAAUGCCCCAAACACAAGCACUGAAGCUGCGGUAGAAGUUGAAGGUCAGGACAGCGAGUGGACACAGGUAGGAUGUGGGAGAGUCCAUGUUCCGUCCAUUCAGGACAUCGGCUACAGGCUCAAACUGCGCUGCACCCCUAAAGAUGGAGGACGCAGCGGCCUGCCCAAGGAGCUCCUCUCUACGGCAAUAGAGGCCGGACCCGGGGUGUGCACGUUCGACAACAGGCACGCGUACACUCUCAAAGAGGCGGAGUGGCCGUCUGUGAGGGUGGUGUCGUAUAACAUCCUCGCCGACACCUACGCCCAGACAGAACUGUCCAAGACGGUGCUCUACCCGUACUGCGCCCCUUACGCCCUGCAGCUGGACUACAGGCAGAACCUGAUCAAGAAGGAGCUCGCCGGGUACAAGGCUGACAUCAUCUGUCUGCAGGAGGUGGACAAAGGGGUGUUUGUUAACAGUCUGACUCCAGCCCUCGAUGCCUUCGGUCUGGACGGUGUUUUCAGAACCAAAGACAGACAGCAUGAAGGACUCGCUACAUUCUACCGCAGGUCAAAGUUGAAGCUUCUGAGCAGUCAUAAUAUUUCGCUGAGCGAGGCGCUAACCUCUGACCCAAUCCACUCUGCGCUGCUGGAGAAUCUUUCUGCGAGCACGGCUCUGAAGCGGAACAUCCUGAAGAGGUCCACUGUCCUGCAGGUCAGUGUGCUUGAGGAUGUGAGUAAACCUGGCAGGAAGGUCUGCGUGGCAAACACUCACCUGUACUGGCUCCCCAAAGGAGGGAGCAUCCGCUUGGUCCAGAUGGGCGUGGCUCUGCAACACCUGAAUCAUGUGAUCAAUGAGGUCGCACCUGGAGCCCCUCUGAUCUUUUGUGGAGACUUCAACUCACACCCUGACUCGGGUGUUUUCCAGCUGCUCAGCGAGGCUCUUGUUCCUCUGCAGCACGCAGACUGGAGCAGCUUGGGGCCGGAGGAGUCCUGCAGCAUGGAGCUGCUCUCUGCCCUCCCCCCUCUGCUGAGCGCCUACGGACAGCCGGCCUACACCAACUACGUGGGAGGAUUCCAUGGCUGCCUGGACUACAUCUUCAUACAGCCGGACAGCAUGCAGGUGGAGCAGGUGAUUCCUCUGCCCAGCCACCAGGAGGUCACCACCUACGAGGCUCUGCCCAGCGUCGCUCACCCCUCAGACCACAUCGCCCUGAUCUGUGACCUGCGCUGGAACCCCUGACCUCUGACUUCUUGAACCAAAUACUAGAGAACCAGGCUUCUCCCUCAAACACACCCUGACUUUGGAUUUUCUUAAUACUAGAAUAAAGUCUGAGCAUGGAGAUGUGAUCCUGCAGGUUAACUGUAAACAAAAUGAAAUACUUGUUUUAAAUUACAAUAUGAAAUGUACUGUUAAUAUUGUAAUAUUUACAGUACAAUAAAUAAUACAUUUGAAUCACUGAUAUUCAGUGUUUGAGCUGAAAUGCUGCACAUUGUUUGUUAUUUUUAUUAAAUGUAAUUACUAUUUGGCUGAAACACUUGACCGAACACAGGUUGCUGGUUCAUAUGUGGUUAAUAAUUAUUGUUAACACGAGUUAAUAUUAGAAACAGAAGUAAUGUUUUUACUGCAGGUUUUUUCUCACUCUCUAAAAUGGCUGUGCCACAUCUUAGUUCACAUGGACUCUUAAUGGUUUCGAGACCCAAUGAUAUGGUAAAGAAAUACAUAUAUUAUUAACUUAUUCAGUUAUUUAUUAUUACUUUUACUUUUAUUUUGGCCAAACAAGUUGAUCAGUGAGUGGUGCUUAACGUUGUUUAUUUUAUUUGAAAUAAAGUCUUGCUCAAAGCAUUGGUCAUA